CUCGUUCUUUUUCAUACUGCAACUUUUGUGUUCCCAGCUAAUGUUUUUAGAAAUUUAUCUUCUGAUUUCAGUUUUCCAUGCUUUCCUGUCCUUCAACACUUCGAUUACUUCAAUACAAAUUAUUAUGGCCUUCUUCUUCAUCAUCAUUAUCAAAAUACCACAACCCUUUCUUCAUCUUCAUAUCCUCCUUCUCUUCCCAACCACCGCUGCCACCACAAACAGAAUUAACUCAAAGUGAAACUUCUAUCACAACAAUCUGCAAUCUAGUAAAUCAAUCUUACAGUUCAUAUCAAUCUGACUCAUCAUCAACAAUGCCCAAGCUUUUGAAUCUUCAAAUUGAUCCAUCUGUUUUAACCCCAGAACAAGCAAUUACAGUCAUUGCUUCUCUAAUCAAUAAUUCAGGUCCUAUGGUAGCUUUGAGUUUCUUUUAUUGGGCAAUUAGAAUUCCUCAAUACCGCCAUUUUAUGCGUUUUUAUAUCACUACUGCUUCUUCAUUUAUCCAGUCUGGUCAUCCUGAUAAAGCUCAUGAAGUUUUAAGAUAUAUGGUUGCCAGUUUUUAUGAGAUUGGUAAAUUGGAUUAUGCUAUUAACAUGGUUUUUGAGAUUCAUAACCUGGGUUUACCUCCAAAUGUUCAUACAUUGAAUUGUAUACUGAGGUUUGUUGUUGAAUCUAGUUUAAUGAAGUUAGCAGAGAAUGUGUUUGUUGAAAUGUCUGAUAGAGGUGCUUCUCCUAAUGCUUGCACUUAUAGGACUAUGAUAAUUGGUCAUUGUAGAGAGGGUAUUAGUAUUUCAGUAGUUGAAAAGUGGGUUAAUGAAAUGAUGGAGAAGGGGUUUGUAUUGGAUAAUGUUGCAUGUACUGCAAUGGUAGAUUUGUUUUGUAAGAAAGGAUCAGUAGAUAGAGUUUUCAGGGUUUUUGAGAGAAUGUGUGAGAUGGGUUCUCCUCCAAAUGUGAUAAAUUACAGUGCUUUGGUUAACCAGUUAUGUAAACGAGGAAGUAUUAAACAAGCUUUUGAAGUUUUAGAAGAAAUGGGGAAAAGAGGUUGGAAACCAAAUGUUUAUACACAUACAGCUUUGAUUGAUGGUUUAUGCAAGAAAGGUUGGACAGAGAAAGCAUAUAAGUUGUUUUUGAAGCUCGUUAGAAGUGAGAAUUACAAGCGGAAUGUUCAUACUUUUACAGCAAUGAUCAGUGGCUAUUGCAAAGAGAAGAAACUAGAUAGAGCUGAAAUGUUAUUUAGGAGAAUGCAGGAACAAGAAUUGGCCCCAAAUACUAAUACUUAUACUACUCUCAUUGACGGGCACGCUAAAGUAGGCAAUUUUUUUAGAGUGAAUGAGUUGAUGGAACAAAUGGUGGAAGAAGGUUGUAACCCCAAUAUAUGUACUUACAAUUCACUCGUUAAUGGUCUAUGCAAAAAGGGUGAUUUACAGGAGGCUUAUAGGAUGCUUGAAAUUGCAUUUGAAAGAGGACUUCGAGCUGAUCACAUCACAUACACCAUACUAAUUUCUGAGCAUUGUCGAAGAUCUGACACUACGAAAGCCAUGGAGGUUUUCAGUAAAAUGAUCACUGCAGGCUGUUGUCCUGACAUUCAUACUUACAAUUCCUUAAUCGGAGCAUUUUGCAGGCAAAGAGAUGUGAAAGAGGGAGAAAGGUUCUUAAAGGAAGCCCUUAAUCAGGGUAUGGUUCCAACGAAACAAUCUUAUACGUCAUUGGUAUGUGGGUAUUGUAGAGAUGGAAAUUCUGGUUUAGCAUUGGACAUCUUUCAAAGAAUGUCAAAGAAGGGCCCUGCAGCUGAUUCACUUACAUAUGGGGCUUUAAUAAGCGGUCUUUGUAAGGAAUCAAAGCUGAAAGAGGCGCGAAUUCUUUAUGAUUCCAUGGUAGACAAAGGAUUAUCUCCUUGUGAAGUUACUCCAAUAACAGUAGCUUACGAGUAUUGUAAGCUAGAAGAUUCGGUUACAGCAAUGGCUGUUUUGGAUAAGUUAGAUACGAGGUUGUGGAUUAGAACAGGAAAAACAUUGGUAAGGAAACUUUGUUGUGAAGGGAAAGUUGAAAUGGCUGCUGAAUUCUAUCAUAAACUAUUGGAUAAAGAUCGGAAUGCCGAUCCUGUUAUUUACGCAGCAUUCAAGACUGCCUGCUACGAAAGUAAUAAGUAUUCGAUUGCUUCAGGAAUUUCAGAAAGGAUCUCUAAAGAAGGUUUUUCUGUUGCAGUUGUUCCUCACAGUGUGGAGAGACCCCCAAGAGAAUCUCUACCGUUUGUUAAAGCUAGCUGAAGGUAAAACAUGAUGUUAAAAGUAGUCCUAACAUAUACAUACUGUAUUUGAGCUGCAUUUUAAACUCAUUGUUUUGACUGGAGUUAGAUGCAAAAUUUAUUUACUACAUAAAAAUUGAUUUAUUUACUGUUA